AUGGAGAGUGACAGCCUGUCCCAGCUGUCCCAGGCCUUUUGGAGUAUCUUCCUACUGGAGUUAGAGGUGAAUGAGCUUCGUGGUGAGGUGACAGUUCUGAGGCAGUGUAAGGACGAGCUGAGACAGAAACUGGCAACGGUCGAGAGCAUCGCAAGGAGAGACGAAGCUGACAUCAGGGAGGAGCUACAAAAGGAGUUGUCAGCAGUCAUAGAAUUGCUACAACACAGAGAAACCACCCUCCACACUCUUAAGAGUGGAGCCUACCAAAACCUUCACUACCACACCCUCCCCUCCCCUCAUCGGCAGUACCACUGCUUCUCACAGUAAACCUCCGGAACUCACACAGACUCCGCACAAGAGGUCAGUAACCAGACCCAGAACAACUCCUCCUCCCACAACAGCACAUUCCCCUCAUCAGAUAGGUCUUACCAGACCUCUCCAAGAUUCUCACAUCUCAGCACCAGAGCCAGCGGAGCCAUACUGGAAUCCACAGGAGAGAGGAAGGCCACCUGUGGUCCCAAGGAAAGGCCACCAAUGGUCCCCACCCCGUUCCAUCCAAAGAACAUCAUUCCAGACACCACAGCACACAACAGCAGCACACAGGCAGCACACCCUAUGGCCUCCAUUUUAUGUGACUCCAAUGGGACAUUUCUCAGAGAUCAACUGCUAUUCCCUGGCAUGUCAGUCAGUAAGCUAUGGUGCCCAACAACAGCAAAUGCCUUGAAAAGUCUGUCAAGCAACAACUUAAAUGGGGCCGAACAUAUUGUAAUUCACACAGCUACUAAUGAUUUGAUGACAAUGAGAGGACAUGUAGGUCCUCCAAUGCAGCAAGUGGCAGCCAGAGCUGCUGAGAGAUUUCCUAAUACAAAAAUCAAUAUGUCCACCCUGUUGCCAUGUGGAGUUGUGCCCUUCCACACUAUUCAGAGCAACAAUGCUUAGCUCUCUAGAGGCUGUGCUUCCAGAGUGGACAGCAUCUCGCUACUCCCCAUGCUAAUAAGACAACACCCCAAUCAGAAGAGACCAACAGUCCAGCAAGACAGCUAUGCAGAAGUGGCACGAAGAAUACAGCACCCUGCUGCAGCUGAGCUAAACCAGAGAAGGCAUCUGCUGUACAUAAUCUGCAAAAAAAUCAAUUUAUUCCUUGUUUGUUAUUAACAUAAAUAUAAUUAUUAGAAUUACAGCCUAUUAUCAUUGAGUUCCGUUUUAGAUAAGUUACCCAGGAAAGGGUUAAAGUUAGCUCAUAUAUAUAUAUAUAUAUAUAUAUAUAUAUAUAUAUAUAUACACAUACAGUGGGGAGAACAAGUAUUUGAUACACUGCCGAUUUUGCAGGUUGUCCUACUUACAAAGCAUGUAGAGGUCUGUAAUUUUUAUCAUAGGUACACCAACUGUGAGAGACGGAAUCUGAAACAAAAAUCCAGAAAAUCACAUUGUAUGAUUUUUAAGUAAUUCAUUUGCAUUUUAUUGCAUGACAUAAGUAUUUGAUCACCUACCAACCAGUAAGAAUUCCGGCUCUCACAGACCUGUUAGUUUUUCUUUAAGAAGCCCUCCUGUUCUCCACUCAUUACCUGUAUUAACUGCACCUGUUUGAACUCAUUACCUGUAUAAAAGACACCUGUCCACACACUCAAUCAAACAGACUCCAUCCUCUCCACAAUGGCCAAGACCAGAGAGCUGUGUAAGGACAUCAGGGAUAAAAUUGUAGACCUGCUCAAGGCUGGGAUCGGCUACAGGACAAUAGGCAAGCAGCUUGAUGAGAAGGCAACAACUGUUGGCGCAAUUAUUAGAAAAUGGAAGAAGUUCAAGAUGACGGUCAGUCACCCUCGGUCUGUGGCUCCAUGCAAGAUCUCACCUCGUGGGGCAUCAAUGAUCAUGACAAAGGUGAGGGAUCAGCCCAGAACUACACGGCAGGACCUGGUCAAUGACCUGAUGAGAGCUGGGACCACAGUCUCAAAGAAAACCAUUAGUAACACACUACGCCGUCAUGGAUUAAAAUCCUGCAGCGCACGCAAGGUCCCCCUGCUCAAGCCAGCGCAUGUCCAGGCCCGUCUGAAGUUUGCCAAUGACCAUCUGGAUGAUCCAGAGGAGGAAUGGGAGAAGGGCAUGUGGUCUGAUGAGACAAAAAUAGAGCUUUUUGGUCUAAACUCCACUCGCCGUGUUUGGAGGAAGUAGAAGGAUGAGUACAACCCCAAGAACACCAUCCCAACCGUGAAGCAUGGAGGUGGAAACAUCAUUCUUUGGGGAUGCUUUUCUGCAAAGGGGACAGGACGACUGUACCGUAUUGAGGGGAGGAUGGAUGGGGCCAUGUAUCGCGAGAUCUUGGCCAACAACCUCCUUCCCUCAGUAAGAGCAUUGAAGAUGGGUUGUGGCUGGGUCUUCCAGCAUGACAACGACCCGAAACACACAGCCAGGGCAACUAAGGAGUGGCUCCGUAAGAGGCAUCUCAAGAUCCUGGAGUGGCCUAGCCAGUCUCCAGACCUGAACCCAAUAGAAAAUCUUUGGAGGGAACUGAAAGUCCGUAUUGCCCAGCGACAGCCCCGAAACCUGAAGGAUCUGGAGAAGGUCUGUAUGGAGGAGUGGGCCAAAAUCCCUGCUGCAGUGUGUGCAAACCUGGUCAAGACCUACAGGAAACAUAUGAUCUCUGUAAUUGCAAACAAAGGUUUCUGUACCAAAUAUUAAGUUCUGCUUUUCUGAUGUAUCAAAUACUUAUGUCAUGCAAUAAAAUGCAAAUGAAUUACUUAAAAAUCAUACAAUGUGAUUUUCUGGAUUUUUGUUUUAGAUUCCGUCUCUCACAGUUGAAGUGUACCUAUGAUAAAAAUUACAGACCUCUACAUGCUUUGUAAGUAGGAAAACCUGCUAAAUCGGCAGUGUAUCAAAUACUUGUUCUCCCCACUGUGUGUGUGUGUGUGUAUAUAUAUAUAUAUAUAUAUAUAUAUAUAUAUAUAUAUAUAUAUAUAUAUAUAUAUAUAUAUAUAUAAAUAUAUACUGUAUGUAGCCUCAGAAUCAAAGUUAAUGAGAUUAGUAAUUUGCUAAUUGAGACUGACACUCUUAAGCCUGUGUCAAACAAAGCAAUUUGGACGCAAUUUGUGUGACAUCAUCUUAAGCAACUUUGCUGACACACGAAGCAAUUCAAACACAAUUGCAUGCAACAUCCAAUUCUGUCAUACAUCACAUCAUGGUUUCAUCAAAUAAUAUAAAAUACCAUUUUUAUUCAUCACAUGCGCCGAAUACAACUGGUAUAGACUUUACAAUGAAGUGCUUGCUUACGAACCUUUCCCAACGAUGCAGAGUUUUAAAAAAGUAUAAUCCAAAAUAAAAUAGUAACUAGAGGAAUAAAUAUAAUACACAAGAAUGGAGCUAUAUACAGGGAGUACCAGUACCAGAUCAAUGUGCAGAGGUUCUUGAGGUAGAUAUGUACAUGAAGGCAGGAUAAAGUGAAUAGGUAUCAGAAUAGAUAAUAAUAAGAGUAAAAUAAAGAACAGAGUAGCAGCAGCAAAUGAUGAGUGUUAAAGUGUGUGUGUGCGUUUGUUGUGUCGGUAUGUGUGUUGUGUGUGUGUGCAUAUGUAGUGUUUGAAUGUGUGAGGGAUUUGUGUGGGAGUGUAGUGUGUGUGUGAGUGAGUGUGUGUAUAUAAAGUCUAGUAAGUGUGUGUAGGGUCAGUGCAAGAUAGUCAGUGCAGAUAGUUCGAGUACAAUUAAUUGACUAUUUAGCAGUCUGGCUAUUUAGCAGUCUUAUGGCUUGGGGGUAGAAGCUGUCUCGGAGCCUGUUGGUCCGAGAGCCGAUGCUCUGGUAUCGUUUGCCGGACAGUAGCAGAGUGAACAGUCUAUGGCUUGUUUCCGGGCCUUCCUCUGACACCGCCUGAUAUAGAGGUCCUGGAUGGCAGGGAGCUUGGCCCCAUUGAUGUACUGGGCUGUUUGCACCACCCUUUGUAGCGCUUUGCGGUCAAGUUGCCAUACCAAGCGGUGAUGCAGUCUAUCAAUAUGUUCUCGAUGGUGCAGCUGUAUACAUUUUUAAGGAUCUGAGGGCCCAUGCCAAAUCGUUUCAGCCUCCUGAGGGGGAAGAGGCAUUGCGGGUUUGUGUGGACCAUAUUAAGUCUUUAGUGAUGUGGAUGCCAAGGAACUUAAAGCUCUUGACUCGCUCCACAACAGCCACGUUGAUGUGGAUGGGGGCGUGCUCUCCCCUCUUUCUCUUAUAGUCCACGAUCAGCUCCUUGGUCUUACUGACGUUGAGGGAGAGGUGGUUAUCCUGGCACCAAACUGCUAAGUCUCUUACCUCCUCCCUGUAGGCUGACUCAUCACCUUCGGUAAUCAGGCCUACCAACAUCGUGUCGUCAGCAAACUUGAUGAUGUUGUUGGAGUUGUGCAUGGCCACGCAGUCGCGGGUGAACAGGGAAUACAGGAGGGGACUAAGCACACACCCCUGAGGGGCCCCCGUGUUUUGGGUCAGUGUGGCGUAGUUGUUGUUGCCUUACCUCACCACCUGAGGCCAACCCAUCAGGAAGUCCAGGAUCCAGUUGCAGAGGGAGGGGUUAAAUCCCAGGGUCCCUAGCUUGGUGAUGAGCUUGGAGGGGACUAUGGUGUUGAUCGCUGAGCUGUAGUCUAUGAACAGCAUUCUCACAUAGUUAUUUCCUCUAUUGUCCAGGUGGGAGAGGGCAGUGUGAAGUGCAAUUGAGAUUGUGUCAUCUGUGGAACUGUUGGGGCGGUAUGCGAAUUGGAGUGGGUCUAGGGUGUCUGGGAUGAUGGUGUUGAUGUGUGUCAUGACCAGCCUUUCAAAGCACUUCAUAAUUACAGAUGUGUGCUACAGGGUUUUUAGUCAGGUUACCUUGGAGCUCUUGGUAAGAGGGACAAUGGUGGUCAGCUUGAAACAUUUUGGGAUUACAGACUGGGACAAGGAGAGAUUGAAAAUAUCUGUGAAGACACCUGCCAGCUGGUCUGUGCAUGCUUUGAGAAUGCGUCCUGGUAUUCCGUCUGCCCCGGCAGCCUUGUGAUUGUUAACCUGGUUAAAUGUUUUGCUGACAUUGGCCACAGAGAGCGAGAUCACACAGUAAUCCGGAAAAGGAGGAGCUUUCACGCAAGGCACAGUGUUAUAUUCCUCGAAGCAAGCAUAAAAUGUAUUUAGCUCGUUUUGGAAUUCUGCGUCGCUGGGCAACUCAUGGCUGGCUUUCCCUUUGUAAUCCGUAGGAUUCCACCUUUCUCCUGUAUUUCCCUUUUGCAUGUUUGAUGUCUCGUCGGAGGUUGUAGCGGGAUUUCUUAUAUGCGUCCAUGUCCGUGUCCCAUUGUAAGCGCUAGCUCUAGCCUUUAGCCCAGCGCGGAUAUUGCCUGUAAUCCAGGGUUUUUGGUUGGAAUACGUUCUUAAAGUCACUGUGGGGACGACAUCGUCUAUGCACAAUUUUUGGGGGGUGACACACAGAGCAACCCAGAUGCAACUUUGUUGCACGCAACAUAAAUUGCGUUCAGAAUGCUUUGUGUAACAUCGGCUUUAGCAAGGAGUUACAGUCAGUGUCAGUAUGGAUAAUUAACAAUAAGCUAGUCUUAAAUUUAUCUAAAACCAAAAGCAUUGUAUUUGGUUCAAAGCAUUCUCUUAGACCUAAACCUCAACUGGAGUGCAUAAAGGGUGUACAAUUGAACAAGUUGAAGAAGCUUAACUCUUAGGAGUAACAUUGGAUGGUCAGUUAUCAUGGUUAAGUCAUACUGACAAAGUUGUUGUGAAGAUGGGGAGAGAGGCAUGUCUGUUUAUAAAAAGAUGUUCAGCGUUUUUUACACAAAGAUCAACUGUACUACUUGUUCAGUCACUGAUCUUAUCCCAUCUUGAUUACCGUCCGGUAAUAUGGUCAGGUGCAGCAAAGAAAGAACUAGCAAAGCUGCAGCUGGCUCAAAACCAAGCUGCACACCUUGCCCUUAACUGCACAAACAGAACUAACUUAGUUGCCCGGGAGGAAGGAAACCACUCAGGGAUUUCACCAUGAGGCCAAUGGUGACUUUAAAACGGUUACAGAGGUUAAUGGUUGUGAUAUGAGAAAACUGAGGAUGGAUCAACAACAUUGUAGUUACUCCACAAUACUAACUAAAUGACAGAGUGAAAAGAACGAAGCCUGUACAGUAUAAAAAUAUUCCAGAAAAUGCAUCCUGUUUGCAAUAAGGCUCAAAAGUAAAACUGCAAAAAAUGUGGCAAAGAAAUUAACUUUAUGUACUGAAUACAAAGCGUUCUGUUUGGGGCAAAUCCAACACAACACAUCACUGAGUACCACUCUUCAUAUUUUCAAACAUGGUGGUGGCUGCAUCAUGUUAUGGGUAUGCUUGUCUUGAUAGACAGGAAACUGCUGAGUUUGAAAACCCUAUCAGCAUUGCAGUUUUUGACACACUCAAACCAGCACGCCUGGUACCUACUACCAUACCCCGUUCAAAGGCAAUCUUUUGUCUUGCCCAUUCACCCUCUGAAUAGCACACAUACACAAUCCAUGUCUCAAUUGUCUCAAGGCUUAAACAUCCUUCUUUAACCUGUCUCCUCCCCUUCAUCUACACUACCGGUCAAAAGUUUUAGAACACCUACUCAUUCAAGGGUUUUUCUUUAUUUUUACUAUUUUCUACAUUGUAGAAUAAUAGUGAAGAUAUCAAAACUAUGAAAUAACAAAUAUGGAAUCAUGUAGUAAUCAAAAAAGUGUUAAACAAAUCAAAAUAUAUUUUAUAUUUGAAGUUCUUCAAAUAGCCACCCUUUUUCUUGAUGACUGCUUUGCACACUCUUGGCAUUCUCUCAACCAGCUUCACCUGGAAUGCAUUUCCAUCAGUCUUGAAGGAGUUCCCACAUAUGCUGAGCACUUGUUGGCUGCUUUUCCUUCACUCUGCGGUUCAACUCAUCCCAAACCAUCUCAAUUUGGUUGAGGUCGGGGAAUUGUGGAGGCCAGGUCAUCUGAUGCAGCACUCCAUCACUCUCCUUCUUGGUAAAAUAGCCCUUACACAGCCUGGAGGUGUGUUGGGUCAUUGACCUGUUGAAAAACAAAUGAUAGUCCCACUAAGAAUGCUGUGGUAGCCAUGCUGGUUAAGUGUGCCUUGAAUUCUAAAUAAAUCACAGAGCAAAGCACCCCCACACCAUAACACCUCCUCCUCCAUGCUUUACGGUGGGAAAUACACAUGCAGAGAUCAUCCGUUCACACAUACCGCGUCUCACAAAGACACGGCGGUUGGAACCAAAAAUCUCAAAUUUGGACUCCAGACCAAAGGACAAAUUUCCACCGGUCUAAUGUCCAUUGCUCAUGUUUCUUGGCCCAAGCAAGUUUCUUCUUCUUAUCGGUAUCCUUUAGUAGUGGUUUCUUUGCAGCAAUUAGACCAUGAAGGCCUGAUUCACACAGUCUCCUAUGAACAGUUGAUGUUGAGAUGUGUCUGUUACUUGAACUCUGUGAAGCAUUUAUUUGGGCUGCAAUUUCUGAGGCUGGUAACUCUAAUGAACUUAUCCUCUGCAGCAGAGGUAACUCUGGGUCUUCCAUUCCUGUACCGGUCCUCAUGAGAGCCAGUUUGUGAAUACAUCAAAACUAUGAAAUAACACAUAUGGAAUCAUGUAGUAACCAAAUAAGUGUUAAACAAAUCAAAAUAUAUUUAAUAUUUGAGAUUCUUCAAAUAGCCACCCUUUGCCUUGAUGCCAAUUUGUAAGUCGCUCUGGAUAAGAGCGUCUGCUAAAUGACUUAAAUGUAAAUGUAAAUGACAGUUAAUUUGUGGAAUUUCUUUCCUUCUUAACGUGUUUGAGCCAAUCAACCGUGUUGUGACAAUGUAGGUAUGCAGAAGAUAGCCCUAUGUGGUAAAAGACCAAGUAUAUAUUUAGGCAAGAACAGCUCAAAUAAGCAACGGGAAACGACAUUCCAUCAUUACUUUAAGACAUGAAGGUCAGUCAGUACAGAAUAUUUCAGGUUUCUUCAAAACAGUCGCAAAAACCAUCAAGCGCUAUGAUGAAACUGGCUCACAUGAGAACCGCCACAGGAAUGGAAGACCCAGUUACAGUUUAUUUAUUUUAUUUUACCUUUAUUUAACUAGGCAAGUCAUUUAAGAACAAAUUCUUAUUUACAAUGACGGCCUACACCGGCCAAACCCGGAGGAUGCUGGGCCAAUUGUGCGCUGCCCUAUGGGACUCCCAAUCACGGCCGGUUGUGAUACAGCCUGGAAUCAAACCAAGGGGUCUGUAGUGACGCCUCAAGCACAGAGAUGCAGUGCCUUAGACCGCUGCGCCACUCGGGAGCCCAACCUCUGCUGCAGAGGAUAAGUUCAUUAGAGUUACUAGCCUCAGAAAUUGCAGCCCAAAUAAAUGCUUCACAGAGUUCAAGUAACAGACACAUCUCAACAUCAACUGUUCAGAGGGGACUGUGUGACUCAGGCCUUCAUGGUCAAAUUGCUGCAAAGAAACCACUACUAAAGGACACCAAUAAGAAGAAGAGAACUGUUUGGGCCAAGAAACACGAGCAAUGGACAUUAGACCGGUGGAAAUUUGUCCUUUGGUCUGGUGUCCAAAUUUGAGAUUUUUGGUUCCAACCGCCGUGUCUUUGUGAGACGCGGUGUGGGUAAACGAAUGAUCUCCGCAUGUGUAUUUCCCACCGUAAAGCAUGGAGGAGGAGGUGUUAUGGUGUGGGGGUGUUUUGCUGGUGACACUGUCUGUGAUUUAUUUAGAAUUCAAGGCACACUUAACCAGCAUGGCUACCACAGCAUUCUGCAGCGAUACACCAUCCCAUCUGGUUUGCGCUUGUGGGAUCUCCUUCAAGACUGUUGGAAUAGCAUUCCAGGUGAAGCUGGUUGAGAGAAUGCCAAGAGUGUGCAAAGCUGUCAUCAAGGCAAAGGGUGGCUAUUUGAAGAAUCUCAAAUAUAAAACAUAUUUUGAUUUGUUUAACACUUUUUUGGUUACUGCAUAAUUCCAUAUGUGUUAUUUCAUAGUUUUGUUGUCUACAAUGUAAAAAAUAGUAAAAAAAAUAAAGGAAAACCCUUGAAUGAGUUCGUAGGUUUGUCUAAACUUUUGACUGGUAGUGUGUAGUGUAUUUCUAUAUUUUAUUUUCAAUAAAUUUGCAAAAAUUACUAAAAAUAUGUUUUCACUUAUUAAUUCAGGCUGUAACACAACAAAAUGUGAAUUAAGUCAAAUUGUAUGAAUACUUUCUGAAGGCACCACCAGACAUGCCACUAUGAGUUUCUUCACGGUACCCAAACCAAAAUCAGUUUUAUUGUGUCGCUCUCAGUUAUGUAUAGAAGAGUGUUGGCCAGUAACCAAAAGGUAGCUGGUUCGAAUCCCCGAACCGUGAAGGUGCAAAAAUAUGCCGUUCUGGCCUUGAGCAAUGCAGUUAACCCCCCAACAACUGCUCCCCAGGCGCCGACGACAUGGACGUUGAUUAAGGCAGCCCCCGCGCCUCUCUGAAUCAGAGGGGUUGGGUUAAUUGCGGAAGACACAUUUCGGUUGAAUGCAUUCAUUUGUGCAACUGAUUAGGUAUACCCUUUCCAUCUCAUCGUGGAAUGUUCUGCCACCAGAGGUUACUCAGGCAAAAAGCAAAAACAGAUAAAAUCGUCUUGUAUCUCAGCACCUCUCCUCUUUCUAAAGAUUUGAUUUAACUGUCCUGUAUAUAAGAAUAUGAAUAUGUACAGUGGGGAAAAAAAGUAUUUAGUCAGCCACCAAUUGUGCAAGUUCUCCCACUUAAAAAGAUGAGAGAUGCCUGUAAUUUUCAUCAUAGGUACACGUCAACUAUGACAGACAAAUUGAGAAAAAAAAUUCCAGAAAAUCCCAUUGUAGGAUUUUUAAUGAAUUUAUUUGCAAAUUAUGGUGGAAAAUAAGUAUUUGGUCACCUACAAACAAGCAAGAUUUCUGGCUCUCACAGACCUGUAACUUCUUCUUUAAGAGGCUCCUCUGUCCUCCACUCGUUACCUGUAUUAAUGGCACCUGUUUGAACUUGUUAUCAGUAUAAAAGACACCUGUCCACGACCUCAAACAGUCACACUCCAAACUUCACAAUGGCCAAGACCAACGAGCUGUCAAAGGACACCAAAAACAAAAUUGUAGACCUGCACCAGGCUGGGAAGACUGAAUCUGCAAUAGGUAAGCAGCUUGGUUUGAAGAAAUCAACUGUGGGAGCAAUUAUUAGGAAAUGGAAGACAUACAAGACCACUGAUAAUCUCCCUCGAUCUGGGGCUCCACGCAAGAUCUCACCCCGUGGGGUCAAAAUGAUCACAAGAACGGUGAGCAAAAAUCCCAGAACCACACGGGGGGACCUAGUGAAUGACCUGCAGAGAGCUGGGACCAAAGUAACAAAGCCUACCAUCAGUAACACGCUACGCCGCCAGGGACUCAAAUCCUGCAGUGCGAGACGUGUCCCCCUGCUUAAGCCAGUACAUGUCCAGGCCCGUCUGAAGUGCAUUUGGAUGAUCCAGAAGAGGAUUGGGAGAAUGUCAUAUGGUCAGAUGAAACCAAAAUAUAACUUUUUGGUAAAAACUCAACUCGUCAUGUUUGGAGGACAAAGAAUGCUGAGUUGCAUCCAAAGAACACCAUACCUACUGUGAAGCAUGGGGUUGGAAACAUCAUGCUUUGGGGCUGUUUUUCUGCAAAGGGACCAGGACGACUGAUCCGUGUAAAGGAAAGAAUGAAUGGGGCCAUGUAUCGUGAGAUUUUGAGUGAAACCCUCCUUCCAUCAGCAAGGGCAUUGAAGAUGAAACGUGGCUGGGUCUUUCAGCAUGACAAUGAUCCCAAACACACCGCCCGGGCAACGAAGGAGUGGCUUCGUAAGAAGCAUUUCAAGGUCCUGGAGUGGCCUAGCCAGUCUCCAGAUCUCAACCCCAUAGAAAAUCUUUGGAGGGAGUUGAAAGUCUGUGUUGCCCAGCGACAGCCCCAAAACAUCACUGCUCUAGAGGAGAUAUGCAUGGAGGAAUGGGCCAAAAUACCAGCAACAGUGUGUGAAAACCUUGUGAAGACUUACAGAAAACGUUUGACCUGUGUCAUUGCCAACAAAGGGUAUAUAACAAAGUAUUGAGAAACUUUUGUUAUUGGCCAAAUACUUAUUUUCCACCAUCAUAUGCCAAUAAAAUCAUUAAAAAUCCUACAAUGUGAUUUUCUGGAUUUUUUUUCCUCAUUUUGUCUGUCAUAGUUGACGUGUACCUAUGAUGAAAAUUACAGGCCUCUCUCAUCUUUUUAAGUGGGAGAACUUGCACAAAUGGUGGCUGACUAAAUACUUUUUUUCCCCACUGUAUAUACUGUAGGAAUAGUGUAUAAAUAAUAUUUUUGUUGUCUCUUGGUGUCUUUCCAGUAUAUGACUAUUAUUUUGUUUAUAAAUAUUUUUUUGAAUUUAAUGUAAUGUCUUAUGUUCAAAUAAAAUCACAUCAAAUUUUAUUUGUCACAUACGCCGAAUACAACAGGUAUAGAUCUUAGAGUGAAAUUGUCACGAUCGUUACUGGAUGAUGAAGCGGACCAAGGCGCAGCGUGAUAAGCGUACAUACUUUAUUCAGUACUGACACACGAACAAAACAACAAAUGAAACGUGAAGUCCUAGGUUAUACACACAAACCUUAACGGAACAAGAUCCCACAAUGACUAGUGAAAACAGGCUGCCUAAGUAUGGUUCCCAAUCAGAGACAACGAGCUACAGCUGCCUCUGAUUGGGAACCACCCUGGCCAACAUAGAUCUAAACGAUCUAGAAUGAAAACAUAGAACAACUAAACAUAGGAAAAUCCACACCCUGGCUCAACAUUUAAGAGUCCCCAGAGCCAGGGCGUGACAGUAAUGCUUACUUACAAGCCCUUAACCAACAAUGCAGUUUUAAGAAAGAAUACCAAAACAACAAAAAACACACAAAAAUACAAUAUAAAAUAAUACGAAAUAAAAGUAACAAAUAAUUAAAGAGCAGCAGUAAAAUUAACAAUAGCGAGGCUAUAUACAGGGGGUACCGGUACCGAGUUAAUGUGCGGGGGCACCGGUUAGUCGAGGUAAUUGUGGGUAAUAUGUACAUGUAGGUAGAGUUCUUAAAGUGACUAUGCAUAGAUAAUAAACAGAGUAGCAGCAGUGUAAAAGAGGGGUGGGGGGCAAUGCAAAUAGUCUGGGUAGCUAUUUGAUUAGAUGUUCAGGAGUCUUAUGGCUUGGGGGUAGAAGCUGUUUAGGUGUGCUAGGACCGUGUUAGUUUGUUGGUGAUGUGGACACCAAGGAACUUGAAGCUCUCAACCUGCUCCACUACAGCCCCUUCUAUGAGAAUGGGGGCGUGCUUGGUCCUCUUCUUUUUCCUGUAGUCCACAAUCAUCUCUUUUGUCUUGAUCAUGUUGAGGGAGAGGUUGUUGUCCUGGCACCCCACGGCCAGGUCUCUGACCUCCUCCCUAUAAGCUGUCUCGUCGUUGUCGGUGAUCAGGCCUACCACUGUUUUGUCAUUGGCAAACUUAAUGAUGGUGUUGGAGUCGUGCCUGGCCAUGCAGUCAUGAGUGAACAAGGGAGUACAGGAGGGGACUGAGCACGCACCCCUGAGGGGCCCCCGUGUUGAGGAUCAGCGUGGCGGAUGUGUUGUUACCUACCCUUACCACUUGGGGGGCGGCCCGUCAGGAAGUCCAGGAUCCAGUUGCAGAGGGAGGUGUUUCGUCCCAGGGUCCUUAGCUUAGUGAUGAGCUUUGAGUGAUGUUGUUCUUGUCUAUAAUGGUUCUGUACUUUGUCUUGUAUUUGUACAUUUUAUGUGGACACCCGGGAGAGUAGCUGCUGCAUGUGCAGUAGCUAAUGGGAUCCUAAUAAACUAAACUAAAUCAACUCCUGGUCUUGGAUCAGGGCAGUCCUGACCAGAGUUAGGCAAGCACACACCGGGGAGAAGAGGAGGAGGGGAAAGAGCGACAGUGGCCUGCUCAGGAGGCUCACCAACCUGGAGAGGUCCUUUGGCAUGCUUGAUGAAGCCCUUGACCGACUCAACUGCGAACAGCUCUAAGCACUGUACACUUUAACUGAAGAGUGCACACUGGACUGCAAACUUACUGGACACUUUUCCUAACAUGGUAUGGUGCUAGUGUGUCAAUGCAAAAAAAUGUACUUUAACUACCCCCACUAGUACUUCUAUGAUUCAAUGCCGUGUGGGUUUGUAGCAAUAAAUUAGUUCAUUUUCAUUUCAUUUUCGUCAUUUAGCUCUUAUCCAGAGUGACUUGAGUAUGUCUUCUGCUGCGUCAUUUUCUCUAGUUUGAACUUAUUUUUUACCAUGAAUUAUGAAGUCCAUGGAUACGUGGUUGGAAAGGUGAAGUGCUGUGCCAGGAAAAGUGUGUUUGGUAGCAGAGGUUUCUAUAGUCCUUGUUUGUGCUGUGUUUAAGAAAUUGCUGAUCCUUGUGAAUGUAUAAACAUAACCAAUUAGUGAAGUCCCAUUUUUAAGUGAACAUAUUUUUUUUUUUUUUUUACGUGAUAUCUCACAAGUGUACUGUAUCUGUACUCGUAAUUACUGUGAUCAGCCGAGUGCUGUGCUUUGAGUCUGAAUUCCAGGCUACCAUUCUUUAUAGGUUUUAACAAUUUGGUUUUCACCAGAGUGUUUCUCUUGGCCAUAGGGAUGUGAACCGUUGAAAAAUGAAUUGAGAGGAAAUCAACUCAAUAAUUCAACUGGAAUCCUCAGCCGAGGCCUGUAGUUUGACACGAAGAAAGGUUCUCACCUGAUUAGCUCUACGUGGACCUGACCAGAGCCUUAACUCACAUAACAAGUCAAACCAAUCAAUAAAACUGCAGGGGAGACCCAAUGUGCAACAUGAGGGUAGCCAUACAUUUCUCCUGUUUUACACUGUGAAGGAGAACCUCCGAGAUAUAACGAUAGCUACAACAUGUACUCACGUUAUCAACUUGUUCUGUAGCCCACUUCCCUGGGUUGUGAUACUGAGAUAAAAAGGGAGUUAGAAAGAGAGAGGAGAUUGGCAAUGAGACGAGAGCGGAAAAUCCAUGUUUGUGUUCCUAUAUGAAAUCUAUUCUGUCAGGCACAGUGGGCCUCCUAGGAAGAGAACAAGGGAGAACAGAGGGAAGGAUAUAGGGGCACGUAUGCUCUAUAUAGUGCAUUACCUUUGGGCCCUAUGGGCGAUGGUCAAAAGUAGUGCGCUAUGUAGGGAAUAAGGUGCCAUUUGGGAUACAGACAGUCAUUGAUUUACUCCACUUCUUAUGUCUUGUUGCUGUGGGAUGCUGCUGUGUUGUCUUGGGUUGGUUUAGAAAAUCAAUGAUGUAUUAUUAUGUAGCAGAGUGAUUUUUGUGUGAUGAUACACCCAACAUGAUAUUUGUAUAACUGUUUACUACUUAAUAUCAAGUGGGUGGAUUGUGAAGCAGGGCAUCUUUUAAACAACUCAUAGCAUUUGUAUGGCCCUAGUGUUAAUAUCUGGUUUGUUGUCAUCUCCAGGGGUCCUACUGGGCUACAGACACCAACCCUAAAGAGGACACACUGCCCACCAGGCCAAAGAAGAGGCCACGCUCUGGAGAAAGGGUGAGUACUGGACUGGUGUCAAACCCAGAUUUCGACACCUCCAACCUUUCCCAGCAUGGGCCGACAUACAAUUUACACCGUUCCGAUUAAUGGUCACCCACGGCGUGCACAAAUGUAGCGGUAUAGCAGGUCGGGCAGCAAAAUAUCCCAGAUUGACCGGGGGGUCGGCUAAAAUAUAGCAUCAAAUCACGGCCGGACUGCUCUGAACUAUUAUGUCAUUGAGUAUUGCAUUCUUUGCUUAAUUUUAAACGACUCAUGAUGCUGUCUCAUUUCGGCCUACAGUCAUCCCCUAUCUUCUUUUAGAUGGUGACGUCAUGCCAUGAAAAAUCACGUCUCUCCUACCCCUAAAGAAUUAGCACUACACCACUGGUGUUCAGUGAUCUGAGCGCCUGACUGAACACAGUGCUGCAGCUCACUGAGCAUCGAGGAGCAGCAGGCCCAUUCUCUCCCUACGCAUAUACCUCUGCCCUACUCAUCACCACGGAAACAAAGCAGGCAUGGAGCGGCAAAGUGCACAAUCAUCGCAGUCCAACGAAAAGAGGAAGAGGGGUGGGCAGAAGCAGAAGAGAGAGGGAGUGGGAGAAGGAGAGCAUGGGAAAGAGGAAGAGCGGUUUAGGGAAGGGAGGAAGAGAGCGAGGGGAAGAGGGAAGGGAGAGCUAGCAGAAGAGAGCGAGAGAGGAAGAGUGAGAGAAAAGGAAAGGGGGGGAGAGAGAGAGAGAGUAUUCUAGGCUUCUGUUCCAGUUAAUUACCACAGAAGGCCCUAGGCUGCCAUUUAGACAUACAGUAUUUUCUUCUGGAUUUUUUUUUUUUAAUCACAAACAUGAAUUAAUUUUUUUUUACAUGCAAGCCCUUCAACCCUUUUAUUACGCUUCGGUUGCAUUGCUGGGCAGACUUGAGAGUUGUUACAUUGGCACACAGGAAUAUAGUACUUUGCUUUACUCAGAAAUAUAGCUGUCUUUCACUGUCUAAAGAGAAUGUGUAUUCCGUAUGUGUAUUCUUAUUGGUUUUCUCUAGACCUAUUGCCGCAGACAAAGCCUUUUAGUCUUGUUUCCAAUUUAAUACAUGUAUAUAUCCACAACAUGCAUGUCCUAGUCAUCGUUUUAAUAGAAGGUGACAAGUCUAUAGUAACAUGUUUUAGUCAUCGUUUUAAUAGAAGGUGACAAGUCUAUAGUAACAUGUCUUAGUCAUCAUUUUAAUAGAAGUUGACAAGUCUAUAGUAACGUGGGCUCCCAAGUGGCGCAGCGGACUAAGGCACUGCAUCUCAGUGCUUGAGGCAUCACUAAAGACCCCCUGGUUCGAUUCCAGGCUGUAUCACAACCGGCCGUGAUUGGGAGUCCCAUAGGGCGGCGCACAAUUGGCCCAGCGUCGUCCGGGUUUGACCGUCAUUGUAAAUAAGAAUUUGUUCUUAACUGACUUGUCUAGUUAAAUAAAGGUAAAAUAAAUAAAUAAAUGUCCUAGUCAUUGUUUUAAUAAGGUGACAAGUCUACAGUAACAUGUCCUAGUCAUUGUUUUAAUAAGGUGACAAGUCUAUAGUAACAUGUCCUAGUCAUUGUUUUAAUAAGGUGACAAGUCUAUAGUAACAUGUCCUAGUCAUUGUUUUAAUAGGGUGACAAGUCUAUAGUAACAUUUUGUAGUCAUUGUUUUAAUAAGGUGACAAGUCUACAGUAACAUGUCCUAGUCAUCGUUUUAAUAAGGUGACAAGUCUACAGUAACAUGUCCUAGUCAUUGUUUUAAUAAGGUGACAAGUCUAACUGUUCUUCUGGUGUAUUCAAAGUGUUAAAACCGACAGCUAGUCAAAAGUUGUUGGGGGAGAGGCACCAACUGCCAUCCUCUCUUGUAAGUGUACAGUAGCACUAAUUCUCUCACAGUCUCCUUCCUUCUUUCCUCCUGCCUUGCUCCUAUGUUCAUACAACUCUUAAAUCAAGAAGCCGUUCCCUCAAUUCUAUAUACGCACCUUUGUCAGGGAACAUGCAACCCGCUCCUCUCUUUUAGAGUUGAUCAUAAAUUAAAGAUUGCAUUGUUGCAAACCAAUCUUCUUACAGUUAGCAGUUUUGGGAGACCAACCGACCGUCGGUCCGUCAGAUUUUCUUUGCUUAUGCACAAAUGUAUCUGAAUGUACUGUAUAUUAAUGUAAUAUGUGAUGAUUUAUCGUAUAACAGCCUCAGACUGAGGGUGGUACUUGCUUCAGAUUAGAUGCUAUCCCAUCCCAUCAAUGUUCUGCAGAGCUCUCUCUCUUUCUCUCUCACUCUCUCAUAUCUCUCUCCUCUUCUUUCCUCCAGGCCUCCACCCCCUACAGCCUGGAAUCGGAGUCCCUGCGAAUGGACUGUAUAAUGUACGGAGAUGCCUCUCCCCCUCUGGCAAUCAACACUGUAACUAACAAGGUAAUCGUCUGUCAUAAUGACAUGCAAACCCUUAGCCCUCUUUGGCGAUAUUUUAACGCUGGCCAUCUUUGUACCAGCAAGUGAUAUUAACAUUGUCCAUCUUUGUUCCAGCAACUGAUAUUAACAUUGGCUAUCUUUGUUCCAGCAAGUGAUAUUAACAUUGGCCAUCUUUGUUCCAGCAAGUGAUAUUAACGUCGACCAUCUUUGUUCCAGGUAGCAUUAUACAAGAAAGAGAAGGAGGGCAGUGACAGCCCCCGGAGCAGCCUCAACAACAGCCUCUCUGACCAGAGCCUGGCCUCUGUCAACCUCAACAGCGUAGGCAGUGUGCACAGCUACACACCGGUACGUCACGCCUCCAUUCAAAUCACCACUAACACUGCCACAACAGGACAUUUCCUGUACAACGUCUUGAGGAGGAGGUAGAUAUACUAAGAUGUCACUCCCAAAUGGCACUCUAUUCUGUUUAUAGUGCACUACUUUUGACGAGGGCCGAUCUAAGGAAUAGAGUGCCAUUUGGGACACAGAAUAAGUGUUGUGUCAACUUCUAGAGAUGGAGGUAGGGAACAUGGAACCCAAAAACUGCCUAUAUAUACUGAACAAAAAUAUAAACGCAACAUGCAACAAUUUCACAUGACUAGGAAUACAAAUAUGCAUCUGUUGGUCACAGACCAGGUAGGGGUGUGGAUCAGAAAACCAGUCAGUAUCUGGUGUGACCACCAUUUGCCUCAUGCAGAGCGACACAUCUCCUUCGCGUAGAGUUGAUCAGGCUGUUGAUUGUGGCCUGUGGAAUGUUGUCCCACUCCUCUUCAAUGGCUGUGGGAAGUUGGCGGGAACUGGAACACGCUGUCGUACACGUCGAUCCAGAGCAUCCCAAACAUGCUUAAUGGUUGACAUGUCUGGUGAGUAUGCAGGCCAUGGAAGAACUGGGACAUUUUCAGCUUCCAGGAAUUGUGUACAGGUCCUUGCGACAUGGGGCUGUGCAUUAUCAUGCUGAAACAUAAGGUGAUGGCGGCGGAUGAAUGGCACAACAAUGGGCCUUAGGAUCUCGUCACAGUAUCUCUGUACAUUCAAAUUGCCAUCAAUAAAAUGCAAUUGUGUUCGUCGUCGGUAGCUUAUGCCUGCCCAUACCAUAACCCCACCGCCACCAUGGGGCACUCUGUUCACAACGUUCACAUCGGCAAACCGCUCGCCCACACGACACCAUACACGUUGUCUGCAGUUGUGAGGCUGGUUGGUCGUACUCAAAAUGAAUAUUCAAUUCUCUGGCAACUGCUCUGGUGGACAUUCCUGCAGUCAGCAUGCCAAUUGCACGCUCCCUCAAAACUUGAGACAUCUGUGGCAUUGUGUUGUGUGACAAAACUGCACAUUUCAGAGUGGCCUUUUGUUGUCCCCAGCACAAGGUGCCCUGUGUAUUGAUCAUGCUGUUUAAUUAGCAUCUUGGAAUGCCACACCUGUCAGGUGGAUGGAUUAUCUUGGCAAAGGAGAUAUUCUCACUAGCAGGGAUAUAAACAAAUUUGUGCCAAUUUCUUUUUGUAGAAAUACAUUUUUUGUGCGUAUAGAACAUUUCUGGGAUCAUUUAUUUUGGCUCAUGAAACAUGGACCAACACUUUACAUGUUGCGUUUAUAUUUUUGUUUGUUGUAUAGCUUUGAGAGCCCCCUGCUAAUUUUAUUUUAUUUAUCCAUGGUUGCUAUAGUUAUCAAAACGACAUGUCAGCGUAAGCCGACACGAAACACAGCCCUUAUAUUAAGUGUUUCUAAAAUCCCCUAUGGGAAAAAUUAUUGGUGGAAAAACGAUUGGAACCAUUUCCUUGUUUGAACGCUAGGUUUUAUGGGUAUUAUGAUUCAUACUGUAGUACUCUUAUUGGUCGACCUUUACUGCCGUACACGACCUCCGUUUUGGAUCAGUGUUUGCUGGCUCACUACCUCAGUGGUUAUUGCGGCAAUGCUGCUUGUCUGAGGCUGUGUUAUUGUUUGUGUCUGAGGCAACGGCAUUGUGACGCAGUCACUACACACAACCCCUGAUCUAUUCCAGGUCACACACACACACACACUGUGUGGUAAUACGUGGGGUGGGGUGUAUUCAUGCACAAACUACUGAGGCAAUUAUUGAAUUCCUACCAAAAAGGUAGUUUAUUUAGGGAAUUAAGGGGUGGAGUAGAAAAUAAACUGAAAACAUACUCUUUGAGACCCUGUGUUUUAUUCUAUACCGGGCACCUAGUGUGUUCCUGGUGGAAACCAGGAGGGUAUUGAAUGUCUCUGCUGUAACCAAUAAGCGUGCUCUUGACAUCUAGCCACUUAGCUAGCAAGUUAGCAAACUAAAUGCAUAGCUGGAGCCCUGAGCUGGAUGUCAUUUAUUUCACACAUCUUAGAUUUCUUAUUGUUACUUAAAGGUGCAAUAUACAGAAAUCGCUUCGCCACUUCCUGGUUGCUAAAAUUGUUUGCCUAAUUUCAGUUAAUGUGAGAAAACAAGCAAUGUAUAGUGUAGAGAAUCAUUGUACCAUCUAAACCACUGUGAAAUAUAUUUUCAAAACCCACAAUUAUUAUAUUUUUUAGAAUGACACACUACAUGACCAAAAGUCAUGGGCAUUAAUCAUGGAGUUGGUCCCCCCUUUGCUGCUAUAAUAGCCUCCACCCUUCUGGGAAGGCUUUUGGAACAUUGCUGCGGGGACUUGCUUCCAUUCAGCCACGAGCAUUAGUGAGGUUGGGCACUGAUGUUGGGCGAUUAGGCCUGAAUCGCAGUCGGUGUUUCAAUUCAUCCAAAAGGUGUUAGAUGGGGUUGAGGUCAGGCCUCUGUUCAGGCCAGUCAAGUUAUUCCACACUGAUCUCGACAAACCAUUUCUGUAUGGACCUCGCUUUGUGCACGGGGGCAUUGUCAUACUGAAACAGGAAAGAACCUUCCCAAAACUGUUGCCACAAAGUUGGAAGCACAGAAUCAUCUAGAAUGUCAUUGUAUGCUGUAGCGUUAAGAUUUCCCUUUACUGGGACUAAGGGGCCUAGCCCGAACCUUGAAAAACAGCCCCAGACCAUUAUUCCUCCUCCACCAAACUUUACAGUUGGCACUAUGCAUUCGGGCAGGUAGUGUUCUCCUGGCAUCCGCCAAACCCAGAUUCGUCCGUCGGACUGCCAGAUGGUGAAGCGUGAUUCAUCACUCAAGAGAACGCGUUUAGACUGCUCCAGAGUCCAAUGGCGGCAAGCUUUACACCACUCCAGCCAACGCUUGGCAUUGCGCAUGGUGAUCUUAGGCUUGUGUGCGGUUGCUCGGCCAUGGAAACCCAUUUCAUGAAGCUCCCGAUGAACAGUUCUUGUGCUUACGUUGCUUCCAGAGGCAGUUUGAAAUUCGGUAGUGAGUGUUGCAACCGAGGACAGACAAAUUUACACGCUAUGCGCUUGAUCACUUGGCGGUCCCGUUCUGUGAGCUGGUGUGGCCUACCACUUCGCGGCUGAGUCAUUGUUGCUCCUAGACGUUUCCACUUCACAAUAGCAGCACUUGCAGUUGACCGGGGCAGCUCUAGCAGGGCAGAAAUUUGACAAACUGACUUGUUGGAAAGGUGGCAUCCUAUGAUGGUGCCACGUUGAAAGUCACUGAGCUCUUCAGUAAGGCCAUUCUACUGCCAAUAUUUGUUUAUAGAGAUUGCAUGGCUGUGUGCUCAAUUUUGUACACCUGUCAGCAACGGGUGUGGCUGAAAUGGCCAAAUUCACUAAUUUGAAGGGGUGUCCACAUACUUGUAUAUAUAUAGGGAAUCUAUAACUCACAUUUCUAUGUGAAUUUGGUCAUGUUGCCCAAAAAGGUACAUAUUGCAGCUUUAACUUAAAGUUAUAAGCACUGGACACACCUACUCAUUCAAGGGUUUUUCUUUAUUUUCACUAUUGUUUACAUUGUUUAAUAAUAAUGAAGACAUCAAAACAAUGAAAUAACACAUGUGGGAUCAUGUAGUAACCAAAAAACUGUUAAACAAAUCAAAAUAUAUUUUAUAUUUGAGAUUCUUCAAAUAGCCACCUUUUGCCUUGAUGACAGCUUUGCACACUCUUGGUAUUCUCUCAACCAGCUUCACGAGAUAGUCACCUGGAAUACAUUUCAAUUAACAGGUGUGCCUUUUUAAAAGUUAAUGUUUAAUUUCUUUCCUUCUUAAUGCAUUUGAGCCAAUCAGUUGUGUUGUGACAAGGUAGGGGUGGAAUACAGAAGAUAGCCCUAUUUGGUAAAAGACCAAGUCCAUAUUAUGGCAAGAACAGCUCAAAUAAGCAAAGAGAAACAACAUUCCAUCAUUACUUUAAGACAUGAAGAUCAGUCAAUAUGGAACAUUUCAAGAACUUUGAAAGUUUCUUCAAGUGCAGUCACAAAAACCAUCAAGCGCUAUGAUGAAACUGGCUCUCAUGAGGACCGCCACAGGAAUGGAAGACCCAGAUUUACCUCAACUGCAGAGGAUAAGUUCAUUAGAGCUUCCAGCCUCAGAAAUUGCAUCCCAAAUAAAUGCUUCACAGAGUUCAAGUAACAGACACAUCUCAACAUCAACUGUUCAGAGGAGACUGUGUGAAUCAGGCCUUCAUGGUCGAAUUGCUGCAAAGAAACCACUACUAAAGGACACCAAUAAUAAGAAGAGACUUGCUUGGGCCGAGAAACACGAGUAAUGGACAUUAGACCGGUGUAAAUUUGUCCUUUGGUCUGGAGUCCAAAUUUGAGAUUUUUGGUUCCAACCGCCGUGGCUUUGUGAGACGCUGUGUGGGUGAACGGAUGAUCUCCGCAUGUGUGGUUCCCACCGUAAAGCGUGGAGGUGUUAUGGUGUGAGGGUGCUUUGCUGGUGACACUGUCUGUGAUUUAUUUAGAAUUCAAGGCACACUUAACCAGCAUGGUGAUCACAGCAUUCUGCAGUGAUACUCCAUCCCAUCUGGUUUGGACUUAGUUGUACUAUCAUUUGUUUUUCAACAGGACAAUGACCCAACACACCUCCAGGCUGUGUAAGGGCUAUUUGACCAAGAAGGAAAGUGAUUGAGUUCUGCAUCAGAUGCAUCUCCUCCUCAUGGACUGCACCAGAUUCCACCAAGGCACCUGCAAGUUCCCAGACAUUUCUGGGGGGAAUGGCCCUAGCCCUCCCACUCCGAUCCAACAGGUCCCAGAUGUGCUCAAUGGUAUUGAGAUCCGGGCUCUUCGCUGGCCAUGGCAGAACACUGACGCACAGAACGAGCAGUAUGGCUGGUGGCAUUGUCAUGCUGGAGGGUCAUGUCAGGAUGAGCCUGCAGAAAGGGUACCACAUGAGGGAGGAUGUCUUCCCUGUAAUGCACAGCGUUGAGAUUGCCUGCAAUGACAACAAGCUCAGUCCGAUGAUGCUGUGACACACCGCCCCAGACCAUGACGGACCCUCCACCGUCAAAUCGAUCCCGCUCCAGAGUACAGGCCUCGGUGUAACGCUCAUUCCUUCGACGAUAAACGCGAAUCCGACCAUCACCCCUGGUGAGACAAAACUGCGACUCGUCAGUGAAGAGCACAUUUUGCCAGUCCUGUCUGGUCCAGCGACGGUGGGUUUGUGCCCAUAGGCGACGUUGUUGCCGGUGAUGGUUGGUGAGGACCUGCCUUACAACAGGCCUACAAGCCCUCAGUCCAGCCUCUCUCAGCCUAUUGUGGACAGUCUGAGCACUGAUGGAGGGAUUGUGCAUUCCUGGUGUAACUCGGGCAAUUGUUGUUGCCAUCCUGUACCUGUCCCGCAGGUGUGAUGUUCGGAUGCAUCCAUUUUGUUGUAACGUGUUACUUUAUUCAGAGUUUACUAUAACCAAUUUAUUGAAUUGAUUAUAAAAGGCUAUAGGUCAGGCCCUAUUGGUCGCAUGCAUGCUAUGCUUACUUGUUUCACGUAAAGAGAGCAAGGGUUGAGGGAAUAGGAAAUGUUUAGGGAUUUCGGUAACAGAACUUUUCAGUCAGAAACAAGUAAGAAACUAAAUGGCUGGAAUUAUGUUGCAGCUUCAGCACUGACAGCGCAAUAAACACUUGCUGUUCUGUGUUGCCUUUUCACUGCAGUAGGGAGGAGAGCGAGACAACAUUCGCCAGUCACACAGACAUUCGCUGUCUUUUUUUUUUACACAGUGUGACCAUCGGGCUCUUUCUUGAGUCAAUUGUGUGUCUUAAUUAUUUAAUCAAACAGUGUGCUUAAAGCAUCAGACAAGCUCAGUGUUUAUAUAGUGCAUUUUAUUCAAACACAUAGGGUGUGUCUUUCUAUAUAUGGAAAAAUAUGAACAGGACGACUCUCGGUCGACCCAUAUUUUUGUUGUUGUUGGGGACAGCCCUACACUGCUGCUCCCCAUCUAACUUAAUAGAGAUUGAGAAAAUCUGCAAGGAAGAAUGGGAGAAAAUCCCCAAAUCCAGAUGUGCAAAGCUAAUACAGUCAUACCAAAGACAACUCAAAGGUGUAAUCGCAGCCAAAGGUGAUUCUAACAUGUAUUGACACGAUUGUGAAUACUUAUGUAAAUGUGAUAUUUCUGUAUUUCAUUUUCAAUCAAUUUGCUAAAAUGUAUAAAAACAUGUUUUCACUUUGUCAUGGUGUAUUGUGUGUAGAUGGGUGAGAAAAAACAUAUUUAAUCCAUUUUGAAUUCAGGCUGUAACACAACAAAAUGUGGAAUAAGUCAAGGGGUAUGAAUUCUUUCUGAAGGCACUGUAUUAGGCCUAGCCUACUACAGUGAAUUUAGGCGACCACCACCAGUACUAUGCAAGCCAGAGACAAAAAUAUAUUUUGGUCUGACGCACGUCCUACGCCAAUGAAUUGAAGUUGAACACUCGAAAUGUGUCAGUUUAAAUAUGCAAUAAAAAAGUAUAGUGCCUAGGCCUAUUUAAUGAAACCCUGGCUGUUGACGUAGGCAACAGAUCGCAAAGCAGGGAAUCCCUGAUUCCUCACUGAGCUCCUUUUUUGGAAAUGGCAUGUCCACUUUCUCAUCCAUAAACGCAUAUCAAGUGCAAGUGUGCAGUCCAUCAGCUCACAUCCAGCAGGAUGGGAGGCCUUUUCAUAAGGAGGGACGUCUACCAUGGAUCGCUAAAAUAAUGAUUAUGAUCACAUUUCCUCAAUUUAAAUAUCAGGCCUAUGGGGACACCUAUACAUUUGGCAGCUAAGCACGAGUGAUCAGUGUAGCCUUUGAUCAUCCAGACAUGAUGUUGAAAUAUCUUCAUGCCUAGACUAAAAACCACCUGGCUUCCGUCAUAGACUCAAUUGAAUAAAAAUAAAAAAUUGAAUUACAGGGGCUAGUUUGGAAAAAAACGAAUCUGUGCUAAUCUUCCUCUGGAAUAAGGCACAUUCUGGGAUAAUAAUUACAUAACCAACAUCUCUAGUAAUCAAAUAAAAUCAAAUGUAUUGGUCACAUACACAUGGUUAGCAGAUGUUAUUGCGAGUGUAGCGAAAUUCUUGUGCUUCUAGUUCCAACGAUGCAGCAAUAUCUAGCAAGUAAUAUGUAACAGUUCCACAACAAAUACCUAAUACACACAAAUCUAAGUACAGGAAUGGAAUAAGAAUAUAUACAUAUAUGGAUGAGCAAUGUCAACUGUACUGUAUGAUAUACCAUUUUCUAGCUCUGAGUCUCUACUCUUAUCCAAUGUGAAAAAAAAACACCAUUUCAAAUGUUGCUACAUAAGACCGAAUCGAGCCGGUCGGUCACAUACCUAUUUUAAUACAGAUUAGCUAAAAAACAAUACUAGUCAUUGAAAAUGACAAAUUACCCAAUGGAUCAUGAUACUUUUCUGGUAAAAAAAAAAGAAGUGGGGUGCAAAAACAUAGGGUACUACAGCUGUCUCUCUCUCCCCCCCUUCAGACUUCCUUGUCAAGUUCAUUUGAUAGGCUACAUUAUUUUCUCAUUAUGCUAUAAUGUAGCCUAGGUCUGCUUUCUACAGCCAAUAUUUGAAGGUGAGCAUAGGUUUUGAAUACGUUUUUAGGAAAGGACAAAUGUGAUUUGUGUGUGUCUGAGAUGCGCUGGUGGCUUUGAUUGAAGGGUCCUUUUAGGGUAUGUGUGUAUGAGUUUGCUAAUUCUCUCUGUCCAUUCAGAAAGUUUCCUAAAGUAGCCUGUCUGGACUCCAUCUCUUAAUAAGAGAGGAGCGACAAAUAAUAUAACUGAAAUGAGCAUUACAAAAUUGAAUAUUUUAGGCUAAUAUUUUCCAUAUCAUUAUUUCUCUCUCAUUAUGGAGUCCUCUCUAGCCACUGAACAACAUGAUCUUGCAUUGACACUGCCUUCUCACAAGGGAAUGACCGCAGCAGGUCGUAACGGCAUUGUUGUUCUUAAAAUUAAAAUUCUGUAUUGCCCCAAAUUUGCACGCACCCAAUGUUCCUUAAUGUUGUCAUGGAAAAUAUAAAUGUUGUUUCCAACUACCAAUCAGCAACUGCGCCGUAAAUCCUGCUGCAUAUUGAACGUUGAGAUUGCCGAUAGGCCAGUACCCCCCCCCCCCCCCCCCCCCCCCCCCCCCCCCAGCGCACCUGCAUUAGCAAAGGUCGACACAGGGGCCAUCCUCUGUCUUCCUCCCAUCCCCUCAUCCCUUGUUCCAGGGAUAAUGCGGCGCUACAGAAUUUGUUUAUGGCCAGUCAUGUGGGAUCAGGGGUUAGUUCUGCUUCGUUAGCGCACCCAGGUGACGCCUCCCCGUAUGAAGGUGAUUACUCGUGGCAUCUCCUGCUGA